AUGUACGGUGGUUUUCCAGGUGGUAAUCAGCAACAGCGUGGCUACCCCGGUUCCAACGGGGCAACUUACGGUGGCCAGCAGGCUAAUCAGGGUUACUCCCGUCCGGCAUACGCGCCUCCAAAUCAGCAGCAACAGUACGAUUUUGGCUACGGUCAAAAUGGCUACUCUCAGCAACAGUUCCAGCAGCAAGGUCAGGAGUACAACAGACCAGCAGCUGCUCCGCAAGGAUGGUCCUCGCAACAGAUCCAAGAGCAGGCCAACUCCCAAUCUGUCUACCAGCAGCACCAGCCAAACCAGGGAGUUAGGCUCCAGCAGGCAUCAGGUGGAUUGCAGACCCCAAGCGCACAGCCCCAGAGUUUUGGUGUUAACGGCUACAACUACCAAUAUUCCACGUGUACCGGACGGAAGAAGGCUUUGCUGGUCGGUAUCAACUACAUCGGCACCAACAACCAGUUGAAUGGAUGUAUCAACGAUGUCACCAACGUAUCCCAAUUUCUGGAACGCAACUGCGGGUUCACCAAAGAUAACAUGGUAAUCUUGGUGGAGACCAACACCAAUAGAAGAGCGGUGCCAUUGAGACAGAACAUCAUCGAUGGUAUGAAAUGGUUGGUUAAGGAUGCCAAGCCAAACGACUCUCUCUUCUUCCAUUACUCGGGUCAUGGUGGUCAAACUAAGGACCUGGAUGGUGACGAGUACGAUGGAAAUGAUGAGACUAUCUAUCCUCUUGAUUUUGAACAGAGUGGUAUGAUUGUGGACGACGAAAUGCACCAGUUAUUGGUGGACACAUUGCCAGCCGGAGUUCGGUUGACUGCCUUGUUCGACUCGUGUCAUUCAGGUUCUGCUCUUGAUCUUCCAUAUUCAUAUUCCACUCGUGGUGUAGAGAAGGAACCCAAUCUUGCCAAAGAGGCCGGUGAGGGUUUGCUCGGUGCUGUCACCUCUUACAUGCAGGGCGACAUGUCCGGUGUUCUCAGCAAGGCUACUGGAUUGUUUGGUCUUUUGACAAGCGGUGGCCCUAACCAGGCUGCUAUCGACAAGACCAAGCAGACUAAAACCUCUGCGGCCGAUGUGAUCAUGAUCUCUGGAUGUAAGGAUGAUCAGACAUCAGCAGAUGCGAAGGAGAAUGGUGUCUCCACUGGUGCAAUGAGUUACUCGUUCAUUACCGUCAUGAGUUCUGGUCAAGAGCAGUCAUAUCUGACUCUUUUGCAGAACAUGAGAAAGGUUUUGAGUGGAAAGUAUACGCAAAAGCCUCAGUUGAGUGCUUCUCAUCCAAUCGACACCAAUCUCAAGUUUAUAGUGUAA